AUGUCGAAUAAGAAGACAUCUGAAGAGUGGCGUCACAUGCUGAAGUUGUUAAUCAAGGUGGACAUCAAGACCAUCACUGAUAUCGAAGAAUCAUUGUUUCACAACUUAAAGGUCAGUUAUGAUAAUUUGGUUAGUGAUACUCUGCGAGAAUGUUUCUUGUGUUGUGCCCAAUGGCCUGAAGAUGAGCGCAUUCCAGUCUAUGAUCUUAUAGAGCACUGGAUUGCACUUGGAUUGAUCAGUGACUUUGAAAACAUUGGGGAAGCCUUUGACGAGGGAUAUUCUAUUAUUGCAAAAUUAAAUGAAGCAUGUUUGUUGGAAUUGGGGUUUUACUUUAACUCUGGUGAUGAGUAUGUCAAAUUACAUGAUGUGAUUCAUGAUAUGGCACUGUGGAUUGUGUCCGAGUGUGGGAAGGAAAAGAACAAAUGGAUUGUUUGUGGAAGAGGUGAUGAUUUAAGACAAUUUUCAGAGUGGGAAGCAGGCAACUGGAAGGAGACAGAACUAAUAUCUUUCAAAGGUACUAACUUUAACAAGACUCUCCAGAAAUUAUUAAGUGAUCAAAAUAUUGACGAAAAGGGCCAAGUUUCUUGUGCAUCAACUUCUCCAAGAUAUCCUAAUCUCCAGAGUUUAUUUCUUGAAGGAUAUUCUAAAUCUGAUCAUAUGUCCCGGCAGUUCGUUAUAAAUGUUUUCCCCCAUAUGCCAUCUCUCACACACUUGAAUCUAUCUGGGAUACCUAUCACAGGUCUUUCAAAAGAAAUUCGAGUUCUAGUUAAUCUUCGAUACAUCAAUAUUAGCAACACAAAAAUUCAAUCACUGCCAUCUGAACUAAAAGAGUUGAAGGAAUUAAAGUACUUCCUUUUCAGAUGUAAAUAUUAUAGAGGCAGAGGUGUUCUUAAGGUUGAUGGAUUAUCUACAUUAUCAAUGUUGCCCAAAUUGCAAGUGCUUGAUCUUUAUGGAAAUACUUGUUUAGAAGCAGAUGACUUGAGGUUAUUGAUGGAGAGGAAUAGGAUUAAAGGAAUCAGUAUGCUUGUGGAAUUAGUUGAGAUUCUUGGACUUCUCAAACAUUUGCCGACUUGGAAAAUAAGGUUGCACAGCAUGCAGAGUAUGCAUACCCUCCAGUUUUGUGACUUGAGUUACAAACAUGAUGAAGGUUUGAUGGAGUUAGGCAUCACUCUGUGGCUUUGA